CGUUUUUGUCACGUGGUCGCGACACGGCAGAAGAAAAACAUGGCAGCCCUUGAGCUAGCGACGUUUCUCGUCUGUUUUGCGUCUGCUUUGGCUCACUGAAGCGCAGGUAAAACGUUUUGUGUGACGACGACGUGUUUUGUUGGUUCCGUUGAGAUAAACGACCGAAAACGAGCCAGCUGAUGAAAUAACUACUGAUUUUCUCAUCACAGAUUUUUAAUUUCCAUCAAUGAUGAAAGAACAGAGGAGGCAAGCGGUAGCCGAGCAGGACGCCAGGGCGCAUAUCGUUGCUUGUAAAGACAAACCCUUCCUUAUAGAACGCUUUAUAGACUCUGAUAAAGGAAGAGGUGUGUUCACUUGCAAAGCCAUCAAAUCGUCCUCGUUUGUUAUUGAAUAUCACGGAGAACUCAUUUCACGAGGAAGAAAACCCGAGAAGAGUCACAGAGAUAUGUUAAAAGGUUUCCUGUAUGAGUUUUCGUGGAAUGGAGAGCUGUGGUGCGUUGAUGCUUCCAAAGAGGACCUAACCCUCGGCAGAUUGGUGAACGAUGAUCACAUCAGUCCAAACUGUGAAAUGAGGAAGAUUGUUUGUGAGGGGAAGCCACACUUGUGUCUGUUUGCAGUGGAGGACAUUUUUCCAGGCGAGGAGAUAACUUACAGCUACGGGGACUCCAGUUACCCGUGGCGCUCCGAGGAACUCUGCUUCGGCGAGACUUCUUCAAACACGGAGAGUCAACCAUCUUCAUCGACUUCAAACACGGAGAGUCAACCAUCUUCAUCGACUUCAAACACGGAGAGUCAACCAUCUUCAUCGACUUCAAACACGGAGAGUCAACCAUCUUCAUCGACUUCAAACACGGAGAGUCAACCAUCUUCAUCGACUUCAAACACGGAGAGUCAACCAUCUUCAUCGACACCAAGAAAGAAAAAGAAAAGGAUGGCAGCAGAUUCCCACUGCGACAGAUCCUCCUCAUCGGAUGAGGAACCGGCACCGAUUGGCGUCCGCUCCCAGAAUAAGCUUCUGGAUUCUUCUAACGAGACGUCUCGGGCACUUAUUCCACCGCUAGAGGAAAAAUCGUGUGAUGAAAGUGAUUCCGGGAAAGGCGGAGAACCAAAACACGGAAAAACGUCGUCCAUGGAAAAUCCGCCUUUCACGAUACACAACUACUGUUACGUCUGUGGGAAAGGGAUGAUAAAAGCUGCUCGUCAUCUUAAGCUGCAUGCCGACAACGAGCCGGACAUCGCUAAAGCGUUUGCUUUUCCCGCAAAAUCUUCUCAACGGAGGAAGCUGCUGGACAUUUUACGGAACAGAGGCAACAGCCAACACAACCAGCAGGUGCUUAGUAGCAACACAGGAGUCCUGAAAGUCAGGAGGCGUUCGAGAGGCGACGCUGCAGAUGCGACUUGUUACAGCCGCUGCUUUUACUGUAAAGCUAUGUUCAAGCAGAGUCAGCUAUGGAGACACGUCAGCAGCUGUGCCAAGAAAACAUCAGAGUCCAUAACAUCUGGCCAGAUGGGAGCUCUGGAGGACAUUUCUCCUGAAGAGUCGGAGUUUAAGCACCAAAUCCCGUCAGAUGUGAAGAAGAUUCUUUCAACUAUGAAACAAGAUGAGAUUCCGCUGGUGAUCCGGAACGAUCUCCUUCUGAUCCAGCUGGCGAAGAGCUUAACCAGGAAGUUUAGAAAGGAUCCGAGCAAGCGGGACUACAUCCAACGUAAACUGAGGGAAAUGGGGAGGUUCUUGUUGGAGCUGCAAAAAAAGGCAAUAUUGAGCUUUGAAGACGCCCUUCUGCCUAAGAACUUCUUCAGGGUCGUGACUUGUAUGAAGAAGAUCGUAGGCUUUAAUGACCGAGACGACAGCUACGUCAAACCAGCUCUUGCCCUUAAACUAGGAAAUUCCUUAAAGAGAAUGGGAAAUCUUGUCCUCAGUCAGGAGAAAAGCAGUGAAACAAUGAAAACUUCAGCAAGAAUAUUCAUAGAGAAGUGUGACCGUGAGUGGAGGGUCUCACAAAAGGACGUGUCUUCGGCGAGGGGGCAGAAGCCAAGCAGACCGUCUACGGUCCCGUUCACGCGUGAUGUUCAGGCGCUCUACAAAUACAUGGAGAGUUUGUCAGCUUCUGCCACUGAGAGCCUAAAAACGGGUGAAGACUCUCAGGUGUUCAACGCGCUCUCCAGAGUGACGCUCGCUCAGGCGUCGGUGUUCAGCAAGUCCACCCUCCACGUCUCAGAAAUGAGCCUGAAAGCCUUCCAGGAGAGGGACGGCGCCACGCAGAUCCUAUCCAAAAACUUCAUCAGGAUAAAUAUUCUGAGCAAGGGUGGCCAGAGCGUCUCGGUUCUGUUGACGUCUCAGCUCGUCGGCGCGUUAACGCUGCUGGUCAGUAAGAGGCUCGCCUGUGGUGUCCACGAGAACAACCCUUUCUUGUUCGCAAAGCCGGAUUCUUCCGAGUCGAGUCACUACCACGGGAGCCACUGCAUCAAGUCGUUUUCUAGUUUGUGUGGUGCGGAAAACCCCGAGCACCUGUGGUCCGAUCACCUUCUUAAGCACAUCGCCAGGGUAUUCCAGAUCCUCAAUCUGGAGAAUGACGAGCUCGAACACCUCUCCAAGCUGAUGGGUUACGACAUCCGUGCUGACCAGGAGUACUACCGCACCCCACAGGCGGCGGCUGAACUCGCAAAAAUAGCUAAACUGCUUGAGGCGAUGGAGAAGGGCCCUCUGGGCAAAUCCAAAGGAAAGUCUCUGGAGGAGGUUGAGAUUGAAGACCAACUGGAGCCAGAUGUGGAGCAGAGCAGCCGUGGAAAAGGCACUGAAAAGGAUUCCAGUCCACCUCAGCAGAGCGACGACGCGGAGCAGAGCAGACGGGUGGCUGCUGAGCAGGACGCUCUGGAGCACAUCAAGGCUCGGAGAGACAAAUCCUUCCUCCAGGAGAGGUUCAUCGAUUCAUUUAAAGGGAGAGGUGUGUUCACUAAGGAACCCAUUGAACCGUGGACCUUCGUUGUUGAGUUCCGUGGGAACGUCUGUCCUGCUGAGGAACCCUCCGAGGAGAACCACGGAGACGCGUUGAAGGAUUUUCUGUUCUACUUUUCUUGGAAUGGAACAAACUGGUGCAUCGACGCUUCAGCGGAUGACGGGACUUUGGGAAGGCUUGUGAACGACGAUCACAUUAAUCCCAACUGCAAAGUGAUGAAAAUGACCCAUGAGGAGAAACCUCACCUGUGUCUGUUUGCCCAGAAGAAGAUUUUACCCGGAGAGGAAAUAACUUUUGACUACGGCGGGAACUCCACCCGCUACGUGUGGCGCUCAAAGGAAGUUGGUGAAGACGUGAAGAUGUCAGAAACAGACUCUAAAGCUGCUGGCCCUUCGCUGGUGGAUGAACAAGAUGAAGACUCUGCAGAAUCCUUCAGUUACGACGAAUCCUCUGGUGAAGAAUACGUGUGUGCUGAAAAACCAGACAGUGAUGACAGCAUGUCAGAGUCCGAACUUCCCGAAGAAGGUUCCUCCGAACAGAACGACCUGACCCGUUUCAGUUCAGAUGGCUCAGACUCGGAGAAGGCCUUCAGAAGUCCCACCUGCACCAACAGGAACUUCUGCUACGUUUGUGACAAACCGCAGGGAAAAAUCUCUCGGCACCUUUUCACCCACAGAAAUGAGGAGCCUGAGAUCGCCGAGGCCUUCUCGCUGCCCAAACAUGGCAAGGCCCGGCAAAAGCUGCUGCAGAAGCUGCGAAGCAGAGGGAAUUACAAACACAACCAGAAAGUGCUGAAGAGUCGGAGAGGUCAUCUGAAAGUGAGAAAAAAAACUAACUUGUCUUCUCUAGAAAUGUCCGCAGCUUGCAUCUAUUGUAAGGUCCUGGUCAGGCGUAACGGUUUCUGGAAACAUCUCCAGACCUGUUCUUCAAAGAUCUCAAACCCUCCAGCAGAAAGCAGGGCCCAGAUCCUGGCUCUGGUCGCCACCGGUUUCACGGACCCCCAGCACAUGUCGUCAGAUGUGAAGAGGAUGUUAAAAAAGCUGAAGAAGGACGAGUUUGGCUCUCUAGUCUUAAAGGACACGUACCUGCUGCGACUGGCCCACUGUUUGUACCACUUAAGUGAGAGCAAGCAACGAGAUUCAGAAAUCAGCCGUAAGCUGAGGUACUUGGGCCGGCUUCUCGCCAUCUUAAACGAGAAGUCCAUCUUCAGCUUCGAUGAGGCUCUGAAACCUCAGAACUUCAGCAGUAUUGUUGAGGCUGUCGCAAAACUCAAAGGUUCCAGCAAAGACUUCAGCAAGAGGCUCGUGUGCGCCAUUCCGGCUUUGCUCAGGAAACUGGCUAAUGUAAAGUACGCGGUGGUUCUGAACGACCGGGCCGACAAGGAGGUGAUAGAGGAGGCAGAGGAGUUCAUGAAGCUGUGUGCUAAAGAAUGGCCGUCAAAUGUCCCGGGUCCUUCCAAAGGGCCCAACCCACCAACCCUACCCUUCAUUCGGGAUGUUCAGGUUCUCUUCAAACACAUUGAGAACAUCUUAGCUUCUGCUGUCAAGAGCCUGACCCUGUACGAAUGUCCUCCGGUCUACUACGCACUCCUCAAAGUGAUCGUGGCGUACGCUUUAAUUCUAAACCGAAACGAAGACAUCUCACAUGUCACCCUGCAGUCUUUCCUGGAGAGGAAAGACCCUGAGCUACAGGAAACCACCGACGGCCGCCAGAUCCAGUUUGAGGACAUAUUUUCCAAGUGCACGGUGAAGCUCCAUGUUGCCACCAAAGUGGGACAAAAGGUGGUUCUGGUCCUGACUCCCGACCUGCUCUCUGCUAUUACUCUGCUGGUGGAGAAGCGGAAAACCGCCAGCGUGUCUGAACACAACCCCUACUUGCUGGCAAAGCCGAACGCUUCGAGUGUCUGCAGCCCCUUCCAUUUCCUGUCAACCUUCAUAGGUUUCUGUGGUGCCAAAGAUCCAGCCUUCCUCAGGUCUCCGUUAUUUCGUAAACACAUGGCAAGAGUUUUCCAGAUUCUCAUCCUCGGGAACGACGAGCUCGAUCUGCUGGCCAAGCAUCUGGGCCGCGACAUUCAGACAGAGGGAGAGUUCUAUCGGACACCAGAGGCCGCUGCAGACAUCGCUAAGGUCCUUCUGCUGCUGUCUGCUGUCGAGUCCGGAUAUCCAGAGUUGUUUGACGGAAAAUCUUUAGAAGAAAUCGAGAUUCCAGAUAAGCUGCAGCCGGUUGUGGAGCAGACCCGUCCCGCUGAGGAUGAAGACUCUUCUCAGGCCGACGGUGCUUCCCCCUCCAAACGCAAGUCUUCAGCAGCGAAAAGGAAAAGCCGAGGCAGGAAGAGGAAGAAGGAUGAGGAGGAUGUAAAUGAGCAGCCGGAGCCGAACGAGGAGCAACAAGACGCAGCAGAAAGAGAGAAAGAUAAAAACUCAGAGAAGAUCCCAGAAGAGCCGCCAUCUCAAAGCAAAACGACAAAAUCACACACUUAUUUUAGUGACGACGAUGAAGGCAUGAAUGUGGAUUUCAGCAUGGACAUCGACACCGAUGAUUAUGAUGAUGUGAGAAAUGAGCAAAGUCAGGCUGAUGGUGAUGAAGAGAACGAGGAGCGCGAGAGGAAGGACCAUGCUGACGAGGUUGUGGACACGUCUGAGAAGAGCCACCUGGAGGAGGGAGGAGAUGAGGAAGAGGAGGCUGCAGACAGUGAUGGUUCCCCUCCCCCGCUGAGAACAGCAGCAAAAGACAAGCUAGCGGCGUUGUUGAGCAGGAUGAAAGAAGUGAAGAUACUUCUCCCGAGACUCAGUCUGGAUAAAAUGGAGACUCCGAUCAACAACUUGAGCAUCGAGCGGCCGGUGAACGAACACCCCGCUCCUGUUGACGACGCCCGAAGGGAACCGCCUCCUCCGCCUCCUCCGCCUGUAGAGGAAAGGAACAAACCCGAUCCCAAAAAGGUGGUUCGGAUGGUCUGCUCCACCUGUGAGGCGGUCAUGAUGAAAGGGCAAACCGCCUACCAAAUGAAAGGCUUCGCCCAAGUCUUCUGCUCCAAAUCCUGUCUGUUGGAGAAGUUUCCUCCCAGCAAAGCCACCGUCAAGUCGUGCUACUACUGUUUCAGGGACAUCUCGCAGCCUCUGGACCUCAUCAUGGCCGUCGUGGACCUUAAAGGAACCAUGAAAGACUUCUGCAGCGUGUCCUGCUUGUCCUUCUUCAAAACAAACCCUUCGUCCAUGAAGACGCGUCACUCCCUCUCGAGCAGAUUCAGCACCACGUCCACCCAGACCUUCACAUCACACUGCAGAACGUGCAAAAGGACCUGCUCAACGCCUCUCGAGUGGACCCUGGACGCCACUAUCCACAAGUUCUGCAGCAGCGUCUGCCUGGAGACUUUCUGCCAGGACAAACUGGGAGCCUGCGACUACUGCAGCUCGGCCUGCCGCAGGAAACCGCUCAGGCUGAAGCUGGAGGACGACACAAAGAGCAUCUGUGGUCAGCAAUGUCUGCAGGAGUUGAAAGAGAGCAUGGAGGUGUCUCAGGACUGCACCAUGUGUGGGUUUCCUCAGCUCGUCUCUGGCAUGGUCGACCUGAAGACCAACGAGAACGUGGUGCUGCUGUUCUGCUCUCAGAGCUGCAUCGCGUCUUACAAGCUGCAACCCCAAAAUCUGGAAAGGUGUCAAAAUACAGACCCAGAAAAUACAAACUCAAGUCUUAGGCAAAAGCAGACGGGAACCGAUCCGGAGCAGGAAUCCAGAUCUGGUGAUGGAAGGAGCGACUCGAACGCGGCUGGAAAUCGUCCCGAUGCUGCUCGGUCUGCUGAGACCGACGACAUCGCGAGACUCAUCAUUCAAGCCGAUGACAUCACUUGCUUCAGCUGCUUCAAGCGAGUGAUGAAAGGCUGCAAAGUUUACCAGCUGAAAAGAGCGAAGCAUCUCUUCUGCUCUGCCUCUUGUGUCACUGAACUGUACCCUCAGGUCUUGUUUUACAUCAGGAAGUGCUUCAGCUGCCUCCAGUUGAUAACGCAGCCUCAGAAAGUGAUUUUGGCUCCAGUGGAUGACUCUGGAACGAUGAGGGAGCUGUGCAGCGAGAAGUGUCUCUCUGCCGUCAAUUCCGCCCAGCUUCAGCCACGAUGCAAACUCUGCAACAAAAGCUGUUCGUCCGCGUUCUCCGUGACCGUGGGUGGUGAAGUCCACAGACUUUGCAGCAACCCCUGCUUCACAAACUUCAACAAAGAGGACAAGUCGUCCUGGUUCAUCUGUGAAAUCUGCAGCUCCCUCUGCUCCAGCAAACGGCUCGUGGUGAAGAUGAAGGACGACAGUAAAACAGUCUGUGGACACGAGUGUCUGGUCAAGUUGAAGGAGAAAGCAGAGACAAGUCAGCCGUGUCCAACGUGCUGCACGUCCCAUCAGCUGUCAGACAUGGUGGAGAAGGAAAACGAUGAAGGCGAGUUGGAUUUCUUCUGCAGCUACAGAUGCAUGAAGGUUCAUAAAGUCCAGUUCUGCCCUCCGUCAGACCAAAAGAAGAGUUCACAGACUCCUUCAUCUGAGGAGGUCGAUGUCAAAGACGUGAAGCCGUUGAUGCAAAGUUUACUACGUAAACAAAAUCCUCUACACGAAGCGUUUCUCCUGAACUCGCCGAGUUUCUCGUCUGAUCCAUUUCUGGUGUCCCUCUCCAAGAUAAAAGAGGAGCCCGCUGACGAGGAGUUCAGUCAGGAUCGCUGCGACUCCGUGUCCUCACAGGAAGUCAAGCAGGAGCCAGAUGUUCCAAAGGAGGACCUGAAGAUCAGCUCAGUUUUCUCACUGCUGGAGGACCAGAAACCAGCCCCGUCCUUUCUCACUCAGAUGGACUUAAAUGCGUCCUGCUCCACCUGCCAGAGGGUUCUGAUGGACGGAGAGACGGUUUACCAGAGGAAAGCCCACAAGGACCUCUUCUGCUCCACUUCCUGCCUGCUCAAGUACUACCAGAUGAAAUCGGCGAAGAAGACGUGUCACUUCUGUCUGCAGGUGAUAAUGGAGCCUCAGAGCGUCCUCCAGGGCUCGGUAGACGACACCGGGACAAAGAAGGACUUCUGCAGCCAGAUCUGCCUGUCCUCCUUCAACUACAAGAGAAUCAUGUCAAACAAACUGCCCGUCGUUGCCGUGGCGUCACACUCUCAGUGCAGCGUGUGCAGCAGAUACAGCGUUAGCAAACAUGAGGUCAUUCUGCAGGAUGUGGUCCAUAAGAUCUGCAGCGACCCGUGUUUCCAUCGUUUCUGUAACAUCAACAGCUUGUUCAUGUGUGAGAACUGCGGCUCCCGCUGCAACAAACCGCUCCGACUCAAGCUGGAGGACGGGACCAAGUCGCUGUGCGGCGCCGAGUGCCUGACUCGCUUCAAGCAGAAAAUCCAAACCCAGCAGCCGUGCUCGAUGUGCCGAAAAGCUAAACUCCUGUCGGAAACGGUCGAAAGCAGAAAUGGUGACGUUGUCGAGCUUUUCUGCUCCAAAAGCUGCGUGACGGCGUCCAAGAUUCAGGCCGUCUGUGCGUCAGGCGCCCCACUGAGCUGUGACAACUGCAGUAAGACGACCGUCCCCGUUUGCCAUCUCGCCAUGUGGGAUGCCUCCAUCAGGAACUUCUGCUCUCUGACCUGUGCCAUGGUGUUUAGGGUAGUAAAGUCUCCAGUUUCAACACGCUACGGGGAGAGCCUGUCAGCUAAACGUCUGUUUUUUCUGCUGCAGGAAACCCAGAAGGACCGAUUCAGAAACGCUAAAGAUGCAGAAACCCAGGAUGACGGCGAUAAGCCUCCAGAAGGACUCCCGUGUGCUCAGUGUCAACAGAUCAUGCAGACGGCCCCCACCGUGAUCCAGAACAAGAAUCAGCUGAUUUUUGUUUGCAGCUCUUCCUGCUCUCAGGAGUUCAAAAGGAUCAACGACAUCACAGGUGUAUGCGAGCACUGCAAGAGUAAAAGGAUCAUCAAGGAGGUCAAGAAGGUCGACAGUAAAAACCACAACUUCUGCAGCGACGGCUGCUUCACGUUGUUCCUCCAUGGUUUGGAGAAGAAGUGCAAAAAAUUCUGUUCAUCGUGUUGCUUCUGUCGGUCGGUCUCGAAGACUGUGGUGACAUCAGAAGGUCAGAAGUUCUGCUCUGAAGGCUGCAGAUCCAAAAACAAGCUUCUGCUAAACCAUCUGGUGAAAUGUGACACCUGCCACCGCAGAGGAAAGCUGACUCAGAGUCUUCCUCUGCUGGGACACGUCCGACGUUUCUGUGACCUGAGGUGUCUCCUUCACUUCUGCAGACAAGAGGGCGGGACGGUCAGCUCAGGGUCUCCUUCUCCUGAUGGUGCAGUCGAGUCGUCACCCGUAAUCACAAACGUCAUGUCGCUGUCCAACAUCCUGAAGAGGCACCUGAACGCCUCAUCGGGAUCUCCACCGCUGGUUCCUGACUCUGGAGUCGCUGCAGGACUCCUCACUGACAUUCAGACUAGAGUGGUUGGACACGCCGGCGUUCAGACGACUCCCACUGAGCUGAAGAACAAGUCCACCGUCUGCGUUCCUCUCGUCCACAACAAGGGAGUCUGCUGCUGCGUUCAGACCGUAGAAACCGGAUCACAGACCGUCGGUAUCAGGCCAAAAGUCAUCCAGAAGGUCAUUCCUCUCCCCGUGCCGGUUCCUGUUCCCAUCUACGUUCCUCUGGCCCUGAACAUGUACAGCCAGUACACUCCGACACCCGCGGUUCUGCCCGUCCCGCUGCCGGUACCCUUGUGUGUCCCAGGAAAACAAAUCGGAUCAGAACCCACGGUGGAGGAGGCUCCGAUCGGAUCAGAACCCACGGUGGAGGAGGCUCCGAUCGGAUCUGUAGAGGAAGAUUUUAACCUUAGUCCUGAAGAGGGAACAGAACCAGAGGACGAGUGCGAGGCGGACACCAGGGAGGAGAACGAAGAGGUGAUGGAGGAGGAGAAUCCGCAGACUUCCUCCUCCAGAGAAACUUUCAGCUCCAAAGACGAGCCGGAGCCGGAUUCCAUCCCUGAUCCUCUCCUCCUCCUGUUCUUCCAGACAAAGCAUUACAAAAUUCCAAAUCCUACAGUUCUGAACGAUCCUGGAGCUGCUCCUCCUGAUUGUGCCGCUCCUGCUGCUACACCUCCUUCUGUGUCUGCUGCUCCUCCUGCUGUUUCUCCAUCUCCUUCUCCUACUGCUCCUCCUUCUGAUUCUGCCACUCCUGUUGCUCCUUUUGAUUCUGCUGCUCCUCCUCCUGCUGCUGCUUCUCCUUCUGCUGCUGCUUCUCCUCCUUCUGAUUCUGCUGCUUCUGUUGCACCUCCUUUUGAUUCUGCUGCUACACCUCCUGUAUCUGCUGCUCCUCCUGCUGCAUCUCCUUCUCCUACUGCUCCUCCUCCUGAUUCUGCCGCUCUUGUUGCUCCUUUUGAUUCUGCUGCUCCUCCUGCUGCUGCUUCUCCUUCUGAUUCUGCCGCUCCUGUUGCACCUCCUUUUGAUUCUGCUGCUACACCUCCUGCUGCUGCUUCUGCUGCUCCUCCUUUAGAAUCUGCUGCUACUCCUGCUUCUGCUCCUCCUCCUGCUGCUCCUCUUCCUGCUUCUGCUACACUUUCUUCUGCUUCUCCUUUUGCUGCUCCUUCUCCUUCCGCCCCCCCUCCAGCGUCUCCUUCAGCUUCUCCUCCUCCAUCACACCAAACUCUGAGAUGCCACAAAAGGAGCAACAGGACAAACAGAGAAAAGCUUCAGCGUUUGUCUGAAGGAGAUGCAGAGGAGGCGUUCCACACGGGUUCUCCUGCUGGUUUUCCUGAGAAGCGCACAGGACUGAACAGUCAGAGUGGAGUUGACUCCUGGAGGAGAUGGGUCCAGUGGAGAGAAUCCCAGAUCAGCCUGGGACUUCCUGUUUCCUCUCCAGCUGUGAGACUAAAGACAGAUGUUCUCCAGUAUUCUUCAUCAGAACUGAACAACGGACUCUGCCUCUUCAUCAAAGAGGUCACACGUCUCCGAGGACAUCCACAUUCUCCUGACAGCAUCUUCUACCUGUGCCUCAGCAUCCAGCAGUUUCUGUUUGAAAACAAUCGGCUGGAGAACAUCUUCAGUGACCUCACCUACCAGAAGUUCUCCUCUGAGUUAACGAAGAUCCUGAAACAUUUCAGACCUCCUGUGUCUGCUCCACGUGCCGUCCAUUCCCGAGUGGAGGAGAACUUCCUGUGGGACUGUAAACAGCUGGGAGCCUACUCCCCCAUCGUCCUGCUCAACACUCUUCUCUUCUUCGGCUGUAAAUACUUCGGCUUCGCCACGGUGGAGCAGCACCGCCAGCUGUCCUUUGCAAACGUCGUGCGCUACACCAACUUAAAACAGAACGGCACCAAGAUCACGUACCUGUGCUUCUACCCGCCCACACCUGCAGACCAGAACCAGUCAGAUGCUGACGGCGCCCCGGCGAAGAAACGCAGAUUAAAUGCGAACUCCCUGAGGAUGAAGGAGAACACGGAGAACCUUCUGCGAUGUCCGGUCAGACUGUAUGAGUUCUACCUCUCCAAGUGCUCGGAGUCGAUCAGGCGCCACGGCGACCUCUUCUACCUUCAGCCAGAUCCUUGCUGUGUUCCCAGCAGCCCCCUGUGGUUCUCCGCGAUGCCGCUGGACGACGCUACGAUCGAGGCGAUGAUCGUACGAACGCGCGCCGUCCGGCUGCAGCAGGAUGAAUGAGAUGAACGGAUCAGACUUCAUCUCUAAACCAGGAGGACUGGAAAUGAUGAAAGUGUCUUACAGUCAGACCACCAAGUUCAUGCGUCAUGUUUACGUACAUUUUCUUUAACUGGGUUUCAACGACAGGAAAACAAACGUUUAACAAGCUCGUGGUUUCUACUUGCACACGGGGAAAUGAGCUUGGAAUUGCGGGAGAGUUUUGUACAUUAUCUGUCUUUAGGUUGAAGCAUUUUCCAACCGCGAGUUAUCGGAGGAGUUCAGAGUUAAACUGAUGUUAAUCAGGCUGAAAUCUUUAUUUUUGUGAAGCAGAAACAAGUUAAAAACAACAAAAGUCCCUCUGAGGUUUUUAUUUUUCUGAUUUUUUUUUAUUUUUUUCAUCAGCAGUUUGUUUUGAACUGAAGCUGAUUUCUUUACUUUCUUCUGGUUCAGCUGAAUGUAGUUUUCUUUACUUUUUCUGAAUAAAACAAUCUUCACAGUU